UAUAAAUUAAACCCUCUCUCCGAUUCCCGUAAUCUUCGUCAAAGCCCUUUGAUUUCGUUUCCAUCUCAGAUGGAAACCCAAAACCCAAUCCACUCCCCGCCAUCGCCGUCGCUGUCGCCGUCGUCAUCUCUCCAGCUCCCAUGCCUCCCCAUCUUCUUCCUCAUGUUCUCCAUCGUCUACGUCAUUGCCUACUUCAUCGUCUUCCGAACUUGGAGCCCUAAGAUCCGACCCGAAGCCUCCAGCUGCCUAAUCUCCCUCGCCCACGGCACCCCCGCCGUCUUUCUCUCCGCCUACGCCAUCCUCUCCGACCCCGCCACCGGAUUCGCCGCCCCCAACACCCUUUUCCAGAACUCCGUCCUCGAUUACAGCGUCGCCUACUUCCUCACCGAUCUCCUCCACUACCUCGUCUUCUUCCCCAGCGACGUCCUCUUCAUCGGCCACCACCUCGCCACGCUCUUCGUCUUCCUCACCUGCCGCUACGUCGCCUCCCACGGCGCAUUCGCCAUUCUCUGCCUCCUGAUCCUCGCCGAGGUCACCAGCCUCUGCCAGAACGUCUGGACGCUCGCCAACGCCAGGAGAAGCGACUUGAAGUUUGCAGCUAAGGUGUAUGAUCUUUUGUCUCCUCCUUUUUACAUUCUGUAUUCGAUUGUUCGUGGCUUUGUGGGUCCGUAUUUCGUGUACCGAAUGGGGGCCUUUUACAUCAGCGGCGCCGCCGACGGAUUGAUUCCGCGGUGGGUUUGGGGUUCCUGGAUUGUGGUAGUGAUGGCCGCCAUUUCUGUCAGCAUUUUGUGGAUUUCGAAUCUCUGGGUCGAAUUGUUUAGAGCCAGGACUGGCGAAUUGGAAAAGAAAGCUAGAUAAAACCCCAGAUUUUAGGUUUUGGGGUUUUUGUUUUUCACCAAUUAGAGAUUUGAAAUUGAAGAUUUGAGCUGUUUCUCAAAGCUUAAUAACAAUUUGGGUUGUUCUUAUUAGUGGUUAUAUAUGUAACAAUUUGCAACAUGUAUUCUUAAUCACAGUUUCAUAGUCCUUUAAUUAAAAUGUUUGUUACAAUU